CUCCAGCUCUUGGACAAAUUUCCCAAUAUACAGGGCAAUAUACUCCAGAUGAAUACAUUCAAAAAGUAGGUUUUGCUGAUAAUCAAGUAUUACCAGCAUUAUAUACCCAUUUACCUCCAGAUCUUCGUAGUAAUAUAAAAAUGUAUAUGGCUAUAAGAGCAGGAGGAGGUGUAAAUCCAACUGUAGAUGAUUUCUUUCAAAAUCUUAAAAAAUGUUGGGUCGAACGUCAAGUCAGAGUAAGUACUUUUACUCAGACAAAUAUAG